GCCGCGGAUAAAUCGAUGUUAAGAAUCGGAAUCGAAGUCCGCCCGUGUGUGUCUCUCUCUCUCCCUCUCUCGUCUCUCUUCCCCCUGUGUGGGGGGCACCGCAGCGCGCGCUGCGCCCUCGGCCAUGGCUCCCUCGCGCGCCGCCUCUCGCCCUUCUCCUCCUGCUGCUGCCUCCUCCUCGUCUUCGUCGUCCACCUCCUCCGCCGCGUCGCCCUGCCGCGCGUGGUCUCCCCGCGGCCUCGCGUCGUGCGCGCGCUCCGCGUGGCGCGACCGGCGGUGCGCGCUCACGGACCCGGCGUGCACGGGGCUGGUGGGGGGCGCGCUCCUGCUCGCCGAGGUGCUGCUCAACGCGUGGAUCAUCCGCGCAGUGCCCUACACGGAGAUCGACUGGAGAGCCUACAUGGAGGAGGUGGAGGGGGUGAUGAACGGGACCUUUGACUACAUGAAACUGCAGGGGGGCACCGGACCCCUCGUCUACCCUGCGGGUUUCGUGUACGUCUACUCGCUGCUGUACCACGUGACGGAGCGCGGCGCGGACGUGCGCAGGGCUCAGUACAUCUUCGCCGUCCUCUACCUCGUCACCCUCGUCCUCGUCUUCCGCAUCUACGCGCGCGUCCGACGGGUGCCACCCUACGCGCUCUUCUUCAUGUGCUGCGCCUCGUACCGCGUGCACUCCAUCUUCGUGCUGCGCCUCUUCAACGACCCCGUCGCAAUGGCGAUCCUCUUCGCCUCGGUCAACCUCCUGCUGGACCGCCGUUGGACCCUGGGAUGCCUCGUCUUUAGCCUUGCCGUGUCGGUGAAGAUGAACGUGCUGCUGUUUGCGCCGGGGCUGCUCUUCGUGCUGCUGCGGGAGCUGGGCCCAGCGCGUGCUGUGCCGCGCCUAGCUGCGUGUGCCGCUCUCCAGGUGGUACUGGGCCUGCCCUUCCUAUUGGCGAACCCGCUGGGCUACGCGACGCGGGCCUUCGACCUCGGGCGUAGCUUCCUGUUUGAGUGGACCGUGAACUGGCGCCUGCUGCCCGAAUGGCUUUUCCUGCACCGCGGAUUCCACGCCGCUCUGCUCGCCGCGCACCUCGCCGUGCUGCUCCUCUACGCCCACCGUCACUGGAGCCGGCCCGGGGAAGGCCUCCUCGGCCUCCUCAAGGCGCCCACGAAGAAAAAGAAGCGUGACCCAAUGACCGACGAUCAGAUGGCGUUCGUGCUCUUCUCGUCCAACUUGGUUGGCGUGUGCUUCGCGCGGUCCCUGCACUACCAGUUCUACGUGUGGUACUUCCACUCGCUGCCCUUCCUGCUCUGGUGCUGCCCUCUCGGCUCCAUGGCCCCGCUGCUGCGGGUGCUUGUGCUGGGCGUCAUCGAGCUGGCGUGGAACACGUACCCCUCCACAAAGAUCUCCUCACUCGCCCUGCACGUCUGCCACGUGCUCAUCCUGCUCGCGCUGAGGCCAACGCCUCCGCCACCGCUACCCACAGAUCCCGCAACCUCGGCCACCCAUGCAAAGACGUCCUAGCGUUCAGAAGCCUUGCAUAAGCCUCACCUACUUGACCCAUUGAUAGGUCUUGUUUCAAUGUGUUUUUUUUAUGUCACCCGAAUGCCUAUGCGCCCAGCGCCCGGGCAUAUCACAAGGGGAUUGAGGGUUUUGGAUGGUGUCACUUAGCAGUCAUUCUUCAGGGUAUAUUUUUCUUUUUUAAGUUUCUCAUCUUGUGUGGAAGGAGUGUUCACGACUGUGAUGUUAUUGCAAAACGUAGGAUGACGUGUGCCACUUGUUAAAGCACAGGUCCUGAAGUUCGAUUUGUAUUUAUUAAAUUACAAAACAGGAAUUUUAAAAAGAGCCCACUGUUGACGUGCUGCGGUAGUCUUGCAUAAAUACUAUUGGCUUUUCUUGUUUGUGAUAACUGCCAACAUAAUACAUGGCACAUUUAUGAUUAAAAACUAAAGGAGACAACGUC